CCGGUGGUCCCCCCUCCCAUUCCCCCACUCUCAAGGGCAUACGAAAGCCUCGUCAGGGCUGAGAAAGUUAAUUCCUGAAGCCUGUGGUCUGCAGGUGUCGGCAGUAAUGCUACCUCCCUUUUUCUACCCCGAGUCAGAUAGAAACAAACAUGGGAAUUGGGUUUUGCUAGCAAUCUUAUCAACAAGGUCUUGUGACCCGUCUAGAAAAUGCACAAGAAACACAGAACUAAAUGUUUUGGUGGGCAGCGAUUAUGUGAAACCUGAUUAUUCUUAGAAUGACCUGAUCCAGAAGAGUCUUAUAUUAUAAAAGAUUGUGUACAGCAACAAUAAAGCCGUCACUUGGGCCAUCAGCCCAGGGGACCCUCCUGUUCCCAAACUUUCUCUUCUCUCUUUUUUCUUGCAUUCCCCUACCUUCAGGACCCUGACCUAGGUGUUUGUCGCGCCGGCCGCGACAAGUGGCGCCCGAACAGGGACCUGAGACAACAAGGAGGAAAGCGAAAGCGGACCGCGCGGCGUCUAAUUCAGAGGAAGAUCCCGAGCUGUUCAGCUCUUUGGACACGAUCCAGAAUUUAUUGCAUGUGCCUUUCUGGCACAGAAGCUGGUGGACGCUGCUUUUGCCCAGUCCAUCGAAUGGCAACUUGCCUUGGCUAACUUUACAGGUCAAAUUAAAUUUCAUUUACCUUCUGAUUCUUUAAUACAAGGUUUCAGUCUUAUAGAUAUUUUGCCCUAUAAUCCUAUUGUUUGUCAGCCGAUUGAAGAUGCUGCUUCCAUUUUGGUGGAUGCUAGUAAAGAGGGUAAAAUUGCAGUGUAUUAUGUCACUUCCCAACAUAAAAAUUUGAUCGCUUUAAAUUAUACGACUAACUCUGUCCAAAGGGCCGAGCUUUAUGCUGUACAGGUAGCCCUAAAAACUUACCCAGAGUCUAUAAAUGUCUAUUCUGACAGUCAAUACGUUGUCAAAGCCGUGUUGCAGCUUCCCACUGCCUUUAUACUGACAGCAGAUGAGGAACUUUAUCAUCUAUUUCACGCUAUACAAAAACUUCUUAAUUUAGGGCACAGUCCAAUUUAUAUUUCCCACAUUCGAGCUCACACCGAUCUGCCUGGUCCCCUAGGUGCUGGGAAUCGGAUAGCCGAUGCCGCAACCCGUUUAUUGCAAGUUCUGCCCAUUACCACUCCUUUGGAAACAGCCAAAAGGAGUCAUGAUAAUUUUCAUCAGAAUGCGGCAGCCCUUCGACGAGAAUUCAAAAUAUCUCGUGAAGCGGCCAAAUUGUUAAACAGUGCGGCAUCUGUCCGCAAUUCUUCCCACAGCCGGUCUGUGCCAUUAAUCCCCGAGGUCUUCGGCCCAAUGACUUGUGGCAAAUGGACGUCACCCAAUAUUUACCUUUUGGGAAAUUGCAAUAUAUACAUGUGUCUGUAGAUACUUGCUCAGGCCAUAUACAUGCUUCAGCCCACUCAGGAGAAGCAUUUGUUGAUGUUCAAAAUCACCUAUUUUCUGCCCUUGCAGCAAUGGGCAAACCUCAUAAAAUAAAAACUGACAAUGGUAGUGCUUAUACUUCUAAAUCUUUUACAGAAUUUUGCCGCCGAUUCCGAAUUGAGCAUACAACUGGCAUUGCUUAUAAUUCCACAGGACAGGCUAUUGUUGAGCGAGCUCAUCUGACUCUAAAACAGUAUCUGCAAAAACUUAGGGGGAGAUAUUAAAGGGAAAGAUAAAGUAUUCCCCACAUGUGCAUCUCACUCUUGUGUUGUAUGUUUUAAAUUUUUUAAAUGUCAAUGAAGCAGGGAUGACUGCCGCAGAGCGUCGCUGGGGAAAGAGUCAAGAACCUCUCUUGAUGGCUAGAUGGAAAGAUAUGCCGGAAGGCAUUUGGCGAGGCCCAGACCCAGUCCUUCGAAAAGGGCGAGGGUGUGCUUGUGUUUUUCCACGGGAUGAGGAAGCGCCACGCUGGGUCCCGCUUCGGCUCCUCAGAGACAUUACGGUUGCGCCGAAAAAUGGCCAAAUUGACAGUGACGGAGCCCCCCCGGAAGCGACAACGGCGGAGUCAUAAGGCGGGUACACCCACCUGGGGACAGAUAAAGAACCUGCUGACCCAGGCCACUGAUGUAGUGAUGGCCUCAGGUAGAGAGGUAACGGCCACACAUGUCUUCUUGGCAUGCCUGUGCAUUCUCACUACAAUCGGAGAGUCUGCCCUUUAUUGGGCAUACACGGUAGGUCCUCCUACAGUACAACCUGUAACAUGGAGAGACCCCACACCCAAAGUAUACACUAAUCUCACCUUUAUGGGAGAGGAAGAUGCAGGGUUUUUGCCCACUGUGUCGGCCUCUAUAAAUUGGACGGCACUCUCCGCAGGAGUACCCAUCUGCCUGCAAAGGGAGCCUACGCCGUACAAACUUGCUUAUGGGUGUUUGGGUACGAAACCAGUAGGGCGGUCUAUUACUUAUACAUUGUGGCAAAAUGGCAAGCGUCCUUCUGAACGGGUACCCCGCUCUGUUGCCGCUUCUUGGCAAAAGAGAGAAUUACUAGGAGAAUGGAUGUUUUUUGGACCGCGUGAUACCCCUCAGAAUCUUCCUAUAUGUCCCUCAGCUGGUCAAGGCCUUACUGGGGACUCACCUUGGGGUAUAUGUGCCCAAUCCUCUUCAUUGAGGAUGACUCCUAAAGACAUAAACUAUACCAUAACAGAUUAUUCCCGAAAGGCCCGGCUAGCUCAGUCGGUAGAGCAUGAGACUCUUGAUCCCAGGGUCGUGGAUCCACCUCCUAACGAGGUACAGGUACACCAUAAGAUUAUCCCACAAACCAUUUUGCAAUCCCCUGAAGGAAGAAUUCAUUCUGAUCUUUGGAAAUUAUAUGCUACCUUUGAUAAAAUAUAUACUAAUGACAGCUUUAGUUUUCCAGAAUAUUAUGUUUCUCCAGUUCUGCAAUUGCGUGCCUGUGUUCCUCCACCCUACUAUCUGAUUGUUGGGGAUGGGACCAUCACUCCAGUGAAAGAAGAUGGUCAUCAGUUAUACCGGCUGACGUGUCCUGCUUGUGUUUUGACCAAUUGUCUACCAGUAGAUGGACCCUCUAGAAGUGGAAUGAAGGUUUAUCUGGUCUUACAACCUCCCUAUUGGAUGUUGCCAGUAAAUGUUACAGGACCUUGGUAUCCUAAUUAUGGGAUGCAAUUGGCUUUAGAAAUCAGUAAACGGCUGUGCAGGACCAAACGGUUUCUUGGACUCUUAAUUGCUGGACUCAUAGCAGCAGUGACUGUAAUUGCCUCUGCAACUGUAUCUGUAAUAUCCUUACAUGAAAGUGCCCAAACGGCAUCCCCUGUAAAUGAAUUGGCUCAUAAUGUAUCCAAAGUGUUUGUCACUCAAGAACGAAUAGAUUGUAAAUUGGAAGCCCAAUUAGAGGCACUACAAGAAGCAUUAAUGUAUCUUGGUGAUCAGUUUGCUGUUUUGCGUACCAGACUUUCUUUAAUUUGUCAUGAUGCAUAUAAGCAUAUCUGUGUUACCCCUUUAGAGUAUACCAAUAUGACAUGGGGACAAGUGCGUCAUUUACAAGGGGUUUGGCAUGAUGCUAACACUAGCUUAGACCUCUUACAGCUACAAGAAGAGAUAAAUGCUGUUGCAAGUAGCUCACUCAGUUUCCCUGACCCUGGAGAUCUCGUUGAAACCAUACUGCACCAACUUAAUGGGUUUAAUCCAUUUAAUAUUCUUCAGCAUUCCUUUUGGAUCUUUAUCGGAAUUGUUUCCGUAAUAUCUGUUAUACUUGUCUUGCUGUGUUAUUUCUGGAGAUGGGGUCUUACUGCCUUUACCACAUACCAAGCCAGGAUGCACAUGUUGCAAUUACAAACAAUAGGGGGACAUGUGGGGGGCCGGGCCCCGGCGCCAGGCUGAGACCGGGUCGAGCAACGUUCCCUGUUGACUCAAGCCAACCCGGUGGUCCCCCCUCCCAUUCAUGUGGGGGGCCGGGCCCCGGCGCCAGGCUGAGACUGGGUCGAGCAACGUUCCCUGUUGACUCAAGCCAACCCGGUGGUCCCCCCUCCCAUCCAUGUGGGGGGCCGGGCCCCGGCGCCAGGCUGAGACCGGGUCGAGCAACGUUCCCUGUUGACUCAAGCCAACCCGGAGGUCCCCCCUCCCAUUCCCCCACUCUCAAGGGCAUACGAAAGCCUCGUCAGGGCUGAGAAAGUUAAUUCCUGAAGCCUGUGGUCUGCAGGUGUCGGCAGUAAUGCUACCUCCCUUUUUCUACCCCGAGUCAGAUAGAAACAAACAUGGGAACUGUGUUUUGCUAGCAAUCUAUCAACAAGGCCUGGUGACCCGUUCAGAAAGUUCACAAGGUACACAGAACUAAAUGUUUUGGCUGGCAGUGAUCAUGUGAAACCUGUCUGUUCUUAGAAUGACCUGAUCCAGAAGAGUCUUAUAUUAUAAAAGAUUGUGUACAGCAACAAUAAAGCCGUCACUUGGGCCAUCAGCCCAGGGGACCCUCCUGUCCCCAAACUUUCUCUCUUCUCUCUUUUUUUCUUGC